ACAACAAGCCACUAAAGCCAGUCACAAAGCGGCAAUACCGUAUGCUAUAAAAGCCUUAAACACUUCAGCUUUCACAUUGACAGCUUAGGUAUGUUAAUUUAAUAUUAGCCCGGGUGUGCCACAACUUUUUAAAAAUGUUGCGGGUUCUUUGUGCGAUUGCUUUGCUCUGCGGAGCCGUGUAUCCUCAGCUGACGAUCCUGGGCCUGCCAUGGCUAUCCCAAGCGUUUGGGCCGAAUUGUACGGAUGACGAUCAGAUGGCGCUCUUUCGAUGCUCCACGGAUCUUUAUACGGAUCUUCAUAUGCAAAAUCAGACCAUGCAGAACCCGGAAGUCCAAAAAGCCGUAGAAACCGUCAUAAGCGGCAAUAUCACUAUCACCGAAGAGCAAGCAAAGUUCAUUGUUGAUGCUCAUUGCCGUCUUCUAAACGGUUCAAGCGCAUGCUUUCGUGCUGCUCCCGAUCGCUGCGUCUUAAGUCCGUCGAUGACGUGGUCGUUCCAGCUGAACGAGAAAGUGCUGAAAUUGUGUUCUACUUCCAAUCGCUACAAGCUCUUCACCGAGAGUGUGCGUUGCAAUAAGAAACUGGAUAUUUUCAGCAUCAUCGCGAGUGAUCCUCAGCUGCCACUUAUUGGUGCAGAAAUCUCCAGUCUUAUGAUGCCAUCUACGAGUAUCGAGGACAUCUCAAACUCGUUCCCUCAACGCUUCACCACCGUCAUUUGCCGAUUGCUCAAUCGUUUUGAAGAAAUUGUACUUUUGGAGAAAGUAAAUGCUACUUGCGGCGCCGAUGCAAAAAUGGCCUACACCGAAUUAACUGCCCACAUUCGCAAUAUGUUUCAAUGCCAGGGUCGAUAGCGGAAAAGCUUCACACAAAAUCAUGAAAUACUAAGUACUCGUACUACUACGGUACACAAGCUCAUUCAAAUGUCUGCCCGAAUCAUCCUCCCGCUGUUUCAAACAUGACAUGGCAAAACUGACGGAUACUGUUGUUCCGCUCUCCGGAUAUUCCUUCUUUCCAUCAGUUCUGCUGUUUGCGUGAAGGUGUAUCGCUGUAUCAGUUUGUUUGCAUACGCUAGUAGUAUUGCUUGAACCAAUAAAUUCACAAUGGAUAAACAAACAAAAAAA